AACUCCCCAAGACAGGAAAGAAUAAAGUCUAAAGGAGUAGUCCAAACCACGGACGUGUAUAGAUACCUGUUCGUGGUCCAAACAAUUCAUAUCAUACAAAAUGGGGACUGGAUCGUCUAUGCAACUUCAGGAAGAAGAAAUAGAGGAGAUCAAAGCAGAAACAGGAUUUUCAAAGAAUCAGAUAUUGAGGCUGUACAGCAGAUUUACAAGUUUAGACAAAUCCAACAAUGGUUGUCUCAGGCGUGAAGAUUUUCUUCGAAUACCUGAGCUUGCAAUAAAUCCACUUGGAGAUAGGAUUGUGCAUUCUUUCUUUGCUGAAGGCAAUGAUGGUGAAACAAUAAACUUCAGACAGUUUAUGCGGGUGCUUGCCAGGUUCAGACCAUUGAAGAAGAAUAUUGAGAAGAACACGAUGAAUAACAGAGAUGAGAAACUAAGAUUUGCUUUCAAGAUGUAUGAUCUGGAUGGUGAUGACAAGAUUUCCAGAGAUGAGCUAGUGCAAGUUUUACACAUGAUGGUGGGCGCUAACAUAUCUGAGGAGCAGCUGGGCAGCAUUGCUGACAGGACAAUCAAAGAGGUGGACUUGGACAAAGAUGACUUCAUAUCAUUUGAAGAGUUUGUUAAGGCCAUGACAAAAGUGGAUGUGGAAUCCAAAAUGAGCAUUCGUUUUCUCCACUAAACAUAAGCAUCUAAGGAACACAAGACUGGUGACUGUGAUUAUCAGUGGAAAAGCUUUUAUUGUAGUAACAUUCUCCCAAAGGAACAGUGUUCACUUUAAUGACGGGUUAAACGUGCUAUUUUUGCAGGAUAGUAUGUCUUUACAGCUUUACAAGCAUACCAAACAAGCUUUCUGACAAACCAAGAAUAUAUCAAAUUUUUAUUUCUUAUUGAUUUGAAUAAAUUAAUGUAACAAAGGGCAAAAUUUACAUGCUUGCUUAUAUCCACUGCAAAAUGUUUAUGCUGCUCUUAUCUGCUUCAACAAUAGCUUUUUGUGGAUCACAAAGUCAGUAUAUGAAUAGUCUUAAAGCCUUCAGAUAAAAGUGAAGUCUUUUGCUUUUGGGGGCAUCAUAUUCACACUAGCUUUAAUGCCAUGGUUGUUAGUUUCUAUUUUUCAUCUUAAGUGUCUAAAGUUUAACAUUAGAAAGACCAAGAGGGCAGGAGUAACUUGGUUAAAACUCUUCAUAAUAGAACAAAAGUGCCACCUCUUUGGGGCCUGAUCAUCAGAUUUUUUUUAUAAAGCCCUAGACUACAACUAAAACUUAAAAGGCCACAGGUUCUCUCCAGAAACAACAGAACUAUAGUCUGGCAUUUGUUAUUUUGCGGUGAAUACAGUGUUGUCUAAGAUAUGGGAAAACAAUCUUAUCUAGUCAGUUGGCAGUCUAGUUCUUUCUCAUGGAAUGAGUAAAUGAUGUAUCUAUCAUAGAUUCAUGAGCUGCAAACUAUGUUAGAGAAAAUUUUUGCAAAAUUAAUUCCCUACCCAGAAAAAAAAAUUGCAAUGCAGGCAUCCUCACUGGUUUAAAAUAAAUAAAGUCUUAUAUUCUGGUUACUUCUCCCAGUCUGUAUUUACGUUUUUUUCCUACUAUUUAUCAAAAUAUAUUAAAAAAAAACCAAAGGAACUGCAUUUUUUUAAGUUAAUGAAAGGAAAACUUACAAAUUAGUUACUUUAUUGUAACUAUACAUGGAGUCCCCCCAUACAUUAUCUCUCAUUAAGUAUAAGUGCAUGAAAAGCUUUAGUACAAACAAGCUUCAUCCUAUAUAAAGAAUCAGUUUGGAUUUUGGACUGUUCUUUGCACUUAAUGCACAUCUAAAAAAGGUAAUAUUUUAGUAGUCUUUUUUUUCAUCUUGGUACACCAUCUUUUCUUCCCGCUUUUCCACUUGCAUUUCUCUGUGCUGCCUUUUCUUUGUAUUGCAAGAUUCAUUCAAGGUUUUCUGUCAUAUUGAGGAAUCGAAUGGGUAGGGACAUUCCAGAAAACUCUCAAACACCAAAUGAAAGCAAGAAUGAUAGAUGUGGGAUCUGUAGCUUUUCAUUAUAAUUACCAAAAGCUUUCUUUAAACAUUUGUGUGUUGUGUAUGUGACACUGUAUGUUUUCUCAAAGUUAUGUUUAUGCAUAUGACUUUUUUUCUUGUGGCUUUACAUCCAGAUUUAAAAAAAUGUAUGAGAGGCAAAAUUUUGAUCUUAUUAACACAUGACUAAGAAAUUGUUAAAAAAAAAAUCAACUGAUUUUUGUGGCAAUAUUGCAUUUUUCUGAGCAUGUGAAACCACAGAUUUCUAUUGGUCAGCAAUGCUCAUGAAUGAUUAUUUUAUAUUCUUACUCUGUUAACCAUUUAUUACAUCUUAUUUCAGUAUCUUUAUGCAUGCAUUAAAUAUUUUUCCUGUUCAUAAAAAUGUCUUCCCUUUGUAGCUUUUAUUUCUGAGUGCUGUUUAUUAUUCCAAUAAUUUAUUUGUGGUAUUCUUUAUAUGACAUCUACAGCUUUUUUGUUCUUGCUUUAAAUCCAUUACUUUUUAUCCCAAAAGAAGUGACCAAAACGAAAAUCUAUAAUAAAAAAGCUCCUUUUAAUAGUAAUAUAUUUGCAACAGCAUAUAAAAUGAAAGUGUUUUUGAGCCACUUUUUUAAUAAUUUAAAAUGUGUCUUAAAGUACAAAUGGUUAAAUUUGAAUAUGUACAGAAAAUGAACUAUUGAAUCUUAUUGUGUGGACUUUUAUAUCUUGAUGUAUAUCAUACAUAAGAAUUGUAUGCCUGUGUCAAAACAUCUUGUAGUGUUUCAGAGUUUGCACACACAGUUAAAAAAAAAAAGUAACCCCCCCCCCUCCAAAAAAAACCCAAAAAACAAAACAAAAGAACUGAUUUAGCAUAAUGAGUUUGGGAGAAAGGAAAAUCAGAAUAACAGAAAAGUGGGCCAUGAUCAGCCAGUCAGUCCUCCCUUGACCAGAACCUGUCAUCGGGUGGGGGGGGGGAGUACAUGGAUAAACGUGGCAGUUGAGAGGACCUGCUCACUAUUGCCCAAAAUAGGCAGGAGUGGCAGGUCCUGUCAGCUGCCACAUCUAUCCAUGUACAAGAUGACCAGUCUAGUCUUUGACGUUCGUGAGCCAGUUCUUUCUUUGGCUAGUGUGGCGUUGACUACCCUCCAAGGUGCCUUGGACAAGGUGUUGAGCAUGAUCACUCCAUAUGAUUAGUAGAACAAUUGUAAUCACAUUGUGCACAAUGCAACAGUUCAAAAAAUUACUGCAUAUAUCAUCAAAAGGUGAGAAUAAAAGUGAAAUGUA